AAUACGGAAUACGGAAAGCAAGUACGAAGCGGAUUCGAAAGCAAAACAGCAAGCGCCAAGAGGAAGCGAGAAACGCGGCGACAAAUUGAUUUUUUUUCGUGCGAGGACGGGAAAAGUGAAGAGAGUUCAAAAAUUACAUAAAGAAGGAGACAAAGAGAAGGUGGACCUCGUAAUUGCAGGUGAAAGAGGGUCAACGAGGUCACGCGGAGGACUUGUUCCAGCAUGCACGUCGUAUACGUGAUGUAAGAGAGAAGGCAGAAAAGAGUACGAGUACAAGAGUACGAGACAGAAAGAGAGAAACAGUAGAACGGAGGAGCGAGUGGAGCGAGAGGAGCUAGAGGCACGGAGAGGGAGCAGCAGGGAAGGCAAAGUGAAUCUCUUCCAGAGCACAAUGUCAUCGAUCUCGGCCCAGGGCGUGGUCGAGCGGGCCUCUGCCGAACUAUCGAAACGCAUCAACGGUCUGGGACUCCGAUCAAAGCACCACCACAGCAGCGGCAGCGGCAGCGGCAGUGCCAGUGGCGACGGCGCCUCCUCCAAUUCCACGUCCAGCACGACCGCGUCCAGCGGCAAGACCUCGGUGAUGGAGCGCGUCACGAACGCCCUCUGUGGCGGUGGCAACUCCAAUGCCAACGCCAACGCCAACUCCAAUUCCAAUUCCAACAGCGGCAGCGGCGGCAACACCUCCUCUGCGGCAGCAGCAGCCGCCACUGCCGCGAGUAAUGCCAAUGCCCCGCCCACCCCCGACAAGCCAUCGCGGGGCAGCCAGAGUCCCGGCACCGUCGCACCACAGCCGCAGCCGCUGGUGCCACCGCCGGCCAGUACCGUGCCGGCAACGCUCAACCCGACCUCGACCGCGGCCCUCCUCAUGCAACAGCAGCAACAGCAACAGCAACAGCAGCAGCAACAGCAGCAGCAGCAGCACCAUCAGCUGCAGGCACAGAUGGCCGGCUCCACGCUGAUCAACUCGAAUCACCACUUGGCCAUGUCCCCAGGGGGAUCGGGACCGGUCCCGCCACCAUCGGGAUUGCCACUCGGAGCCCCACCAGCACCGACGGUCAAGUCGAUCGCCAAGCAGAUGAACAUCCAGAUUCCGGGCGUCGGUGUCGGUGUCGGCGCUGGCGCGGGCUCCGGCUCGCCCACAUUCAGCACCAUGGGCAUGGUGGCGGCCCAGAAGGCGGCCGCCGGAGGAGGGACGCCGCUGCAGCUGCGCAAGCAGCUGCCCAAUCCCCACCUGCACCAUCCGUACGGCAAUUUGGUCGCCGUCGCCGCCACCCAGUCCACGCUGAUCCUCCACAAGCACCCGCACCCGCCUCUCAUCCACAGCAUCGACGCCCUGCUGCUCGACGACCGCUUCCUGAAUCGCUUUUUCCAGUACUUUUCGCCGUACGAGCGGCGCGUCCUCGCCCAGGUGUGCAUCAAGUGGCGGGACAUACUGUACCGCAGCCCCCGCUACUGGUCCGGCCUGCUGCCGACGCUGCAGUGCCGCGAGCUCCGCCAGAUGCCCGGCUGCGACCGCGGCAAGCUCUACAACUCGCUCAUCCGUCGCGGCUUCCAUGCUCUCGGCCUGGUGGGCGCCUCCGAUGAGGAUGCCCUGGACGUGGUGCACUCCUUCCCGCUCGCCUCCAAGCACGUCCACUCGCUCAGCCUGCGCUGCUCCUCGAUCAGCGAUCGCGGCCUGGAAACGUUGCUCGAUCAUUUGCAGAGCUUGUUUGAACUGGAGCUGGCUGGAUGCAAUGAAGUCACCGAGGCUGGACUGUGGGCGUGCCUGACGCCCCGCAUCGUGUCCCUGUCGCUGGCGGACUGCAUCAACAUCGCGGACGAGGCCGUGGGGGCGGUGGCCCAGCUGCUGCCCUCCCUGUACGAGUUCUCGCUGCAGGCCUACCACGUCACGGAUGCGGCCCUCGGCUACUUCUCGCCGAAACAAAGUCACAGUCUGAGCAUACUACGCCUGCAGUCGUGCUGGGAGCUGACCAACCAUGGCAUCGUGAAUAUCGUGCACUCGUUGCCGCAUCUGACGGUGCUGAGCCUCUCCGGCUGCAGUAAGCUAACAGACGAUGGAGUCGAGCUGAUUGCCGAGAACCUGCAGAAGCUGCGCGCCCUUGACCUGUCCUGGUGUCCCCGCAUUACGGACGCCUCGCUCGAGUAUAUCGCCUGUGAUCUGAAUCAGCUGGAGGAGCUGACGCUGGAUAGAUGCGUGCACAUCACGGAUAUUGGCGUUGGAUAUGUGUCCACGAUGCUCUCGCUCACCGCGCUCUUCCUGCGCUGGUGCUCCCAGGUGCGGGACUUCGGGCUGCAGCACCUCUGCUCGAUGCGCAACCUCCAGGUGCUGUCGCUGGCCGGGUGUCCGCUGCUGACCUCGUCGGGGCUGUCCAGCCUCAUACAGCUGCGGCAUCUGCAGGAGCUGGAGCUCACAAACUGUCCGGGGGCAUCGCACGAGCUCUUUGACUAUUUGAAGGAGCACUUGCCGCGCUGCUUGAUAAUCGAAUAAUCGAUUGAGAGAUCGCUCGUUGACACUCUGAACACUGAACACUGAAUACUGAACACUAAACACUGAACUUUACUUUACUUUCCCUUUCCCCCCAACCACUUUGGAAACUGAUUUUAGUUACGAACUAUGUAUGUAUCUAUGAGUAUGCUAAUUUGUACAUUUAUCUUUAUUCGGCAAGUUCCUAACUACCUUGCUCUUACCCUAUACCCUCCACCCUCUACCCUAUACCUUAUGCCUUAUGCCCCCAACCUCCAACCCCCACUUACUCGCGUAUAGUUUUAGAAUUUUUUUGUAUGAUUUCUGCUGUGAUUUGGAACGGAACUAAGUUAAGUUGAUCUGUUUAAGACGAUGUACCACAAAAGACCCAAAGAUGAUAUUUAUUUACAUGCAAUAUAAAUAUAAUAUGUCUAAUA